AUGUAGUGUGAUGGUAAUAUAAUUUAAUUUUGUCGUGUAAAUAAUUUCUUCGCUAACAAUGGUCUACAAACGUAAAAAAUAUCAUAGGGGCGAUACACAUUUAAAAAAAAGUUGGCGAACUAAAAGAAGAACGAAAGAUUUAGAUCAAAUUGACGAAGAUUUGAAUGAAAAAAAUGUAAAAGACCUACUAAAUCAAGAAGUAGACUUGGAUAAACCCGGUGCGGGUCAGUUUUAUUGUAUCCAUUGCGCGAAGUACUUUAUAAAUGACACUGCUUUACAAGAUCAUAUUAGAACAAAAGUACAUAAGCGUAGACUGAAAGCACUCGAAUUAGAACCAUAUUCUAUAGAAGAAUCAGAAAGAGCAGCAGGGAAAGGAAAUUACAUAGCCCCACAAAAAAGAAAAAUUGAAACAAUAAGUCGUAAUAGUUAUAAUAUGGAUACUGAGCCAGAAAUAUCACCAAAAGCAAAAAUUUCAAAAGUAACUCCAUGAAAGUUAGCUAUUUCAAAAAGCAACACUUGCAUCUAGUUUAAGAAAUCUAUGUAGGCAUAACAAAUUACAGAAACUGUUAAGGAUUU